AUGACGCGAGAAAGUUUAUCCUUUCUUGAAGGCGUUGCCGCGGAAGAAGUCAACUUAGUCGAUCUGACCAUGAUUACAGGAGCCAUUGUUUUUGUUGCACUUGUUGCAAUGACUGUUCUUGUUCGAGCUGUUAUUGGGUUAAUUUUGUUGCAAUGGACGUCAUUUGUUAAGCUUUUUGACGAUUUGGCGCCGCUCCGGCGAACCUUUGGCCGUGGGAUUGAGGUUUGGAAGUCGGACUCCGACGAGGAUCCGCGGCCGCGGGAGCACGAGGACUGGAAGGCGGCCGCCGUUAGGGCCUCCAAGGGCUCGGAGGACCACGAGAAGCGGCCUGCAAAGCUUUCCAACGCGGGCGAGGCAUCUGGUUCGUCGGCUGACGGGCAGAAGAAGAGGAAGAGCAGAGGGGAGAAGGAUAAUGCCACCGGGGAUGACAGGUGGAGUUACGGCGAAGAGGAUGAGAGAGUCGGUUACCAUGACUCGAAGAAGUCCAGGAGUUCAGAUGGUGAUGAGAAGGGGAAGUCUGCAAGGAAGUCUAGUAAGGAGUAUGAUAGGGCCAACGAGGUUGCCGGAAGGAAGUCAGAUAAAGAGGCAUUAUUGUUGGAGGAGCAUACUUCCGGCGAGCAUCACCGAGUGAAGGAGAGGGGGAGGGAGCUUGAGCCAGAGAAGUCAAAGGAAAGCAAGCAAGUGUUGACGCUGAAGGAAGACAGCACAGAUCAGCAGCAUAAGAUUGUGAAGGAUAGGAGUAAGGAUCAUGAAAAGGGGAGUGAGCGCAGGCAUGAUGCAUCACUGAAAGCUACGCCAAGAAACAAAGAGGUGAAAACACGAGAUUUGGACAGCGAUAAAACGAAGAAUUAUUCCAAUGGAGGAACUGAUGACCGUCAUCGUGAAGAUGAGUUGCACGAUGGAGAAUCUGAAAAGAAUGGGAGGCACAGGAAAACAAAGGAACAGUCUGCUGCGAAAGAUGAGUUACAAAGCAGCAGCAAGGGAAGGCAAACCAUGCCUCGGGAUGCUCGUACCAAAACUGAUGGAUGUUACGAGCAGCAACACACAGAUGAGAAAUUGAAAGAUGACAUGCCUAGAGGUGUGGAAAAACAUAGAGAAGAAAAAUAUAGAGAUGAUAGGUCCAAAGCUCAGGACAGGCAUAAAAGUAACAAACACAAAGACGAUAGGCAUAAAGAUGAGGAACUGCAUAGAGAUGAAAGGUACAAAGAGGAAAGGUUGAGACAUGAAGAUAGACAUAGGGAUGUAAAAUACAAAGGGGAAAGAACUAAAGAGGAGGACCGAUAUAAGGACGAAAGAUACAAAGAUAAGCCUAGAGAUGAAGAGAAACCUAGGAAUGAAAGAUCUGAUAACAGCUCUAGAGAGAAACAUCGAGAUGAAGAGAAAUCUAGGAAUGAAAGAUCUGAUAACAGCUCUAGAGAGAAACAUCGAGAUGAUCUUUAUAGAUAUCAUAGGAGUCAAGAUGGUGGAUCAUGGGAUGUGCGAUCCUCAAAGGACAGCACUAGAGACAGGUCAUUGGAAAAGCACUGCAAAGAGGAACAUAAUUAUUCAGAGAGCAGGCACAAUAAAAGUAGACUCCAUGACAGCAAAGGGAAGAAAAGGUCUUAUGAAGAAAGCGGUCAUAAUGGUGAUCUGGAACCCAGGAAUGCAAAAGAAUAUCAUGGAGAUGCUAAACGCAGGUCUGAUGUAAGCUCAUUUGUUUCCAAUGAAGACCGUAGGCGAGAAUAUGAGAAGGUUGAUUCUCGGAGGAGGGAUUUUGAGAGGAAGAGCCCCACCAGAUCCAGCACAUAUCCUGUGAAGGAGCAAAGCAGGCAUUUCCCUAAGCAAGAAGAAUCCUCACCCAGGGAGAAUGGUGCUGCUCUUGGAAGACAUAGACGAACAUCUGACUUUCAAUCAGUUGAGGGUCUUAGUAAAACUGAUGCAAAUAGCAAUGAAUCCUCUCUGCCCUUGAAAGAUGGUAGAAAUUUGAGAUCUGAUGGCCGACCAAUCCAUUUUAAUGACAGACCACCAUCAGCGAGUGAUUGUCAAGUUUCCAACCGGAGCAAUCUGAGGCAUAAUCAUGAUGCUGUUGAUGGUUCAGUGAAGAAAGGCAAUACCAGACAUCAUGAGUUAUUAUUGAAUCGUCAAGCUACUGAGAAGAACUAUCAAAGUGCAUCACCAGGGCAUCUCCAUCUGCCACGUGAUAGACCUGAGAUGGACAAUCAAAGAUCCUUUGAUGAUGAUAAUAGGAGCCAGAUUAGAGAACGCAGGUCAAGCAGCCGCCCCAGAAGAAGUGGUACUGUUGAUAAUGCAAGAGGGCAUGGUAGCACUUGGAAUAAUCCGCCUUCAUGGCCUUCACCAGUACCAAGUGGUUUUGGUCCUUUCCAGCAUGGUCCUCCAAUCCCUGGUUUUCACCCAGCUAUCCACCAGUUCCCUCAAUCUUUAUUUGGGAUGCGGCCAUCUAUGGAUACGAAUCAUGCUGGGAUGCAUUAUCCUUUGCAUGGACAUCCUGAAAGUUUUCCUCAUUGUGUACAACCAUUUCCAUGGCACAAUCCUGCAGAAGACCCAUAUAUCUCUCAGGUACCUGGUUGGGAUGCAAGUAGAAGUGUCUUUGAAGAAUACUCACACAGCUAUGGCCAGAAUAAUGAUCCUGAUUUUCAACAGCAGUUAGAGUCGGAGGUGCCACUUUCAUCUCAUACUUCUGACAAGCCUUCGUUAAUGCAACUCCCAGCUCAAAAUCAAAGUCAAAGCUCUGAAGUCAAAACAGUUGAGGCUAAUGCUGAAAAAACUGAUGCACAUGCUCCAAAAUAUAGAUCUGAGGCAACUCCUGGGCCUUCUAUUGUAAAAGUGGAUUCUCGGUUUUGCUCCAAAUACUUCAAGAGGCUUGAUAUUUCGACAAGCCUUGCUUCACCAGAGCUGUACAAAAAAUGCAGUACAAUGGCGGGGGAGUUGGAGCUGGCUGGAUGUGAAUCUACCAUGCGUCGGUGCUUGAAGAAUAAUAAAGAUGAGCAUGGACAUCAAGCUCAAGGUUUCAAAUACAUGAUAAAGUCCAUAUUUUCAGGGGAAACAACUUCUGUAUUUGAGGUACUAGCAUACAUGGCACUGGAAAGUCUAAAAUUUGUCCAUGAAAAUGCCAUGAAGCUUUAUAGUUCAAGCACUGGUUCUAGGAAGUCCAAAGCUCUCGCAUCAUCUUCACAACCAGAAAGUGAAGAGAUGAUCAAGGAGGCUUCUGUGGACGUGGUGGUGGGGAAAAAUGUUGCUGCUGGCGAGGACCAGGCAUUGCCUUGUACUGAUGAUAUGCGCGAUGAAGUAGAUAAUAACGGCCAGUCUCAUCAUGCAGUGGUUUCUAGCAUGCCUGGUUUGGCGAAAAACUGCAGCAAGACAGGAGAAGACAAGGUAGGCUCAGAUGUUGAAGACAAAAGCCUCAGCAUCAACCAUGCUGAGGGGCUGCAUGUUCCGAGCAACGGUGAGGGGAAGCUCCUCCCUCCCAAAGCUUUGCAACCUUGUUGCAGCUCUGUAGGCAGUGUUUCCGACGUUCCGAAAGAGCAGUUUUCGGGUGUCAUUUCUGAUGCUACAUUUGCCUCUGGUUCUCAGUCGUGCGAGGAUGUCAUGCCAGGUUGUAGGGUUAAUUUUAACCGGAUACCUUGCUCUCCUGGGAGUACUUAA